AAAAAAAAAAAAAAAAAAAAAAGAGAAUGAUGCCUAGUUUAAUGAACGGAGUAAUGUCUCCGAAAAAGACUAUGCAAGAACCUCAAACCAACAACGGACCUCAAGAAAAACAGUUCGCAGCACUUUUGCAACCAGAAUACAAUUAUGGUCUUUUUUCUCAGUCUAGCGCACCUUCUCUCUUUCCUAACCAAGGCUUGAGUUACGAUCGCUCGAAUAGUGCACCACCUAUCCAAGGGUUACAACCCCAAAUACCAGGUGUUAUGACCCAACAACCGCAGUAUGAUACAAACCAAACAUGGAAAUUAUGGGAAAAUGGUGGUGGUACUGACAAUUGUGAAGGCAAGGAAAACGCGAUUUAUUAUGGCUACCAACAAGGGCCUAGUAGUAGCAAAGGCAAGUUAGUAGACAUCAUUCAACAAGAUUUUCCCCGCACGCCAUCACCCAUGUUUGGAUUUCAACAAGAUGCGGAUAUCGAGUCUGUAAAUAAAAUGUAUAUUGAUUAUCAACAACAAAAAAGUACCCUCACUACCAAUUUACCCGACAGUCGACCUAACUCGACACCACCUACACAUCAUCACCUCGAUGAUACGGAAACGAUGAUUAAGCAGUUUGAGACGAAUUUCAGUCAUAACGAGACACAGGACUAUGUCAGCUACAAUGCACGUCCCUAUAAUGUCCCACUCGAUUUGGCUGGGAAGGACGACUACGAAUCCGUAUACGGUAAAUGGUCAAGUGGCGGUGGAGGGGGUCCAUUGACUGCACCUGCUCCUUAUGACGUAUCCCGAUUCCCACCAGAUGACAGUACUAAAAAACUUCGAGCCUUACAACUACAACAACAACAACAGAUUCUUAUCCAGCAACAACAACAACAACUUUUAGCUGCUAGACAAGAAUUAUUGCUCCAACAACAACGUAUGUAUCAUAAACGUCAACCGGUCGCAUUAGAAGAAAAUGCGCUUAGUACCCGAUCUUUGCUUUUAGAGGAAUUCAGAAACACAAAAAGCAAGAAAUACGAACUAUUAGACAUCGCAGGACAUAUUGUUGAAUUUAGUGGGGAUCAACAUGGAUCCAGAUUUAUCCAGCAAAAGCUAGAAACUGCCAAUAGCGAAGAAAAGCAAAUGGUCUUUGAGCAAGUAUUGCCAAACGCAUUGCAAUUGAUGACGGAUGUAUUUGGAAACUAUGUCUUGCAAAAGUUCUUUGAACACGGAAAUCAAAUGCAAAAGUCCAUAUUGGCCAAACAAAUGGAGGGUCAUGUAUUAUCUCUUUCACUUCAAAUGUACGGUUGUCGGGUCGUUCAAAAGGCCUUGGAACAUGUCUUGACAGAGCAACAGGCUACUUUGGUGAGUGAAUUGGAUGGUCAUGUCUUGUUGUGUAUAAAGGACCAAAACGGAAAUCACGUUAUUCAAAAAGCCAUUGAACGUGUUCCUGCUCAACACAUCCAGUUUAUUAUCAAUGCAUUCCAUGGACAGGUCUAUAAUCUGGCCACGCAUCCUUAUGGUUGUAGAGUCAUUCAGCGUAUGUUCGAACACUGCAGGGAAAUACAAACGGGACCUCUCUUGGGUGAAUUGCAUAAAUGUACGAAUCGACUAGUACAAGAUCAAUACGGAAAUUACGUUAUUCAACAUAUUUUGGAACGUGGAAGACCUCAAGAUAAAGCAAAAAUUGUCGACAAGAUUCUUGGACAUAUCCUUGUACUCAGUAAACACAAGUUUGCAAGCAACGUUGUUGAAAAGUGUGUUGAUUAUGGAAGCAAACGCGAUAGACAACUGCUGAUUGAUGAAGUAAUUAAAGAUCGCCCUGAUGGCACCUAUCCUCUUAUCACUAUGAUGAAAGAUCAAUAUGCCAAUUAUGUUGUACAGAAAAUGCUAGAUGUCGUAGACGAUGAUCAACGUGAAAUCUUGGUCAAUAAAAUCAGACCUCACUUACAAUCUUUAAAGAAGUAUACCUAUGGAAAACACCUUAUUCAGAAAGUGGAGAAGUUGGGUGCCACCUAUGGAUUACAUGAUCCUGGUCUUGAGAUUAAUGAUGGUAGUAAGAUACCCACCAUAAAUGCUGAUGAGUCUUAAUUUAAUUGCAAGAGGAGUGAGUGUAUAUAUUGUAUAAAAACUCCUGUAUCAUAAUUGUCAAACACACACACACACAUAACUUUUUUGUUCUGUUUAUUUAAAUCAAUCCCACAUAGUAUACUUUUCUUUCCCUAUAUAAAAACAUUAACCAAUCAUCUUUCGACGACGUCACUUUUUUAAAUGGACGACCUUUAAUCCAUGUACCUUUAAUAUUGUU